AUGAUUCAAGGAAAAUAUGUACUAGAAGAAUAUCGAUCACAUAAAUGUGGUUUUGGUUUUAAAUCAUUAGCUAAAAAAUGGAAAAUACGUGGUGGUGUUAAAGGAGAACAAAAAUCCUUAUUUCAUGGCAUGGACGCAAAAGAGCAAGAAAUAUUUACACUUAUUAACAAUCAUCGUCAACAACAUGGUUUACCAUUGCUUCAACCAUCUAUUAAUCUUGCUUAUGUUGCUCGUACACAUGCUAUUGAUAUUAUUGAAAAUGAUCCAGAUGUUAAUGGUGGAAAUAUGCAUAGCUGGAGUAAUAAAGGAAAAUGGAAACCUGUUAGAUAUACAUCGGAUCAUGCACAAGCACACUUAAUGUGGAGUAAACCAUCUGAAAUAAGUAAUUAUAAAUUUAAUGGCUUCGAAAUUUCAUAUGGUUAUGCACAAAAUGUAAGAAAAACAAUGACAGUUAAUGCAAUAGACGCUGUUAAUAGUUGGAAAAACAGUCCAGGACAUAAUGCUGUUAUGAUUCAACAAGGUGCUUUUCAAAAUACACCAAUGAAAGCCAUGGGUGUUGGUGUUUAUAAAGGAUAUGCAUGUGUAUGGUUUGGCCAACAAGUGGAUACAUAUCCGACCCCUGCAUAA